AUGAAUUGGGUCAAGAACGUACUGUUGGAGGCAAGUCUUCUAAAAUGUUUCAAAGAUAUUAACCAGAAGCACGUCCAUAUGGAGAUAAGAGGCGGUCACCAAUGUUAUGACAUCCGAGGGUGUAAUAUUGUGCUUGUUGAUAGUCAGCAUAUUGUCAAAUUAGAGUGUAAAUUAAGGACAGUGCAAGUUGAGUUAAAGCAGCUGGAAGCUCAGAAAAUUCAAGAUGAUGAACUAACAGAUACAAUCACUACUCUUAGACAGGAAAAUGAGACACUGAGAGCGAAAUGUGAUGAAUUUGAGAAAGCUGUCAGUAAAGUUAAGAACCUUACAGAUCAACUGAAGCAUAAGCAAGAAAAACUAGCGUUUCAGGCUAGGAAGGUAGAGGACGCAGAGAAAUUAGCAAUAUCUUGUAAGACAGAAGCAAACAAAACUAUUUCAGAUCUCACUAGUGAAAAACAGACAUUGGAAGAUUGUAUAAAGACUGGACAGAAUGAGCAAUUAUCAUUGCAAACACAACUUGAAGAAGCUAAGCGACAGAAGGAAGUAGCACUACGUGAAAUGGAAGGGAGACUGCAAGGCAGUGUGAAGGAGAUUGAAGGUCUUAAGCAAGAAAUAGCAGAUCUAAAGGGUGAACGCUUAGCUUUAAAAAAGGCAGAGAGCUGGGUAGCAACCAUGUCUGAAGAGAAACGGCGAUUAGAAAAGGAAACUAAGCAGUUACACAGACGAUUGGAGGAAGAGCAGAGGAAAACUGCUGAAAAGGAGACUCUGGCUCAACAGUUGGAGUCACGGCUGACGUUUGCUGAAGAGAAAGUACUUGUAUCUGAUGAAGAGUUGGGAAAAAAGGAAACUGAACUACGUAAAUGCAGAGAGAAGUUGACCACACUUGAACGAGAAAGUCACUCAAAACGCAAAUUACAAACUAGCAAGGCAGCGCUUGAAACGAAGCUGCAGGAGAGUGAGUCUAAAGGACAAGCGCAAGAGAAUGAUUUUGAAACUUCAAAGAAACUAGUGUUAAGUACUUAUGCUUACGAGGAAAUACGUGAGCGUAUGAGAAGAUAUCGCAUUGAGCGAAACGAGGCAAGAGAUGAGCUUGUGAAGUUGGGAAAACUAAGCAAGCGCCCAUCAUCACCAAUGCCAUCACGAAGAGCUGCAGGUUUGAUGGAUACUAAUCACAAGUCACAGCAAAAGUUGGAAGGUUCUUCAGCUAGACAUGUACAGGUCACUAGAGCAACAGAUUGUGAGGAUCGGGACAUGAAAAAUCCUACAGCAUUACUUACGCAUGAUGCAAAGUUGAGAUCUGUAGCUCCGGUGACUUCUAGUGGUAACGCAAAUCAUGUUGAUGGUUGUUCAUCUCGUAAACACCUAAAUGCUACUACCUCAUUACCCGUCAAUCAACCAGGAGUUUUGUCAGUUAGUACGUUGACUCCAGUCUCUCAGUUAUCUCAUUGUAAUAAUAAGCACGACAUAACUAUUAAUUCUACAGUAUUUCUGGUUAACCAAUUUGGACAACCUGAGUUUGGUAAGGUUGCUUAUUUGGGGAAGACAUGUGGGGAUGUUUUUCCACAAGAGUACGUUGGUGUAGUCUUUGACUCACCAGUUGGAAACAUAGGUGGAAGUGACGGAAGUUGCCCAUACUUUAAAUGUGCACCUAAUCAUGGCAAGCUGGUUCCUGCAGAGCUAGUCACAUCUACUGAACAGACUGAUGUCUAGACUCAAGGUUGUAACUGUCUGAUUUACAAGGGUGCUAUUACUAGUAGUUUGUCUAGAAUGAAUUUUUUGUUGACAAAUUGCAUAAUGUCCAUGGUAUUUGUUUGCAAUGUAUGAUGUCCAGGUGUUA